AUGGUGAGAACAUUAAACGUGGUUCCCGAAAUCACGGAUCUAGUUUGGGCCAACAAUGACUGGAAGUUGGUGUCGUGUGACAUCGAUGCUCGAGUAUGUCUCUUUAAUUUGUACACGAAUGAACAUGUGAUAGAUAUCAAAUUUUGGAAUAAGACAUUUGUUAGCCUGGCUGUAUCGAACGAUAUGAAAAAAAUCUAUACGGCCUCUCCAGAUGGAAGAGUUAGAGAGUUGUAUCAUCGAACGGUGAUUCGUGAUAAAGAUUUAGACCAUGGUCCAUUAAAUACCAUAAUUCUAUCCAGGUCAGAUUUAAUGCUGUUCGUGGCGUGUCAAUUUGGGGCCAUAUUGUCCCUGGCAUUGCCUAUUAAAUCUCAAAUCAAAUACAAAGAAUUUUGUAUUCACAACAAAACUAUAUCAAAGAUGCGGCUGACAAUAAAUGACUCGACAUUGAUCACGUGUUCCAUAGAUGGUAGCAUAUGUAUAUGGUGUGUGAAAAACGCCAAGGGAAAGAUACCACAUGCUACAGCAACAUUUUCAGAUGACAUUCUCGUUUCUUCUAAUUAUUUAAAGGAUAAAGUCGAGACAAUCUCAAUUCUAAAUUUAAGGUUAAUAGAAUUAGAAAAAAAAAGUGAAAAUGAUAUAGUCCAACUAGAAAAAUCGCACGAAAGACAGUUACGAGAAAUAAAAAAUCAACAUUUUAUGAAAAUGGAAUUAGUAAAACAAAAAGAAAACGAGAUGUUUGUAUUACAUGUUGGUGAUAGAACAUGUUUAGAAAAUAAAAUCACUGAUCUAAAGGAAAAGCAAGAAACCAAUAUGCAAAUGUUGAUAGAAAGUUACAAAGAACAAUUAAUAUUCGAAGAUGAGAAAUACGUUAAGACUGAAAAAGAUUUGUUUAAUAUAAAUAAUGAUUUAAAAAGACAUACAGAAAUAAUUUUAACGACACAUGAGAUUAAUAUGCAGGAAUUAGCCGAAAAAUUCAAAAAAGAUCUGGAAAAAGAAGAGUACAUUUUCCAAAAAUUCAAGGAUGAGUUAAGCAAGGAGAUGAAUCGAUAUGAUAUAGAAAUAGAUGAAUUUGACUAUCAAGGAGAUUGGGAAGUUUAUGGGUUGUUUAAUAAUACUGUACCUGAAUAUCAAAAGUUGUCAAAGCAAAUUAAAAAAACACAAGAGGAAGUCAAUGACCUAAAAGUUAGGAUUAAAACUGCUAGAAAAGAAGAAGAUGACCUAAAGUUUUUGAUGGAUAAAUUUAAUGAGGACAUUGGGAAAAUGAUAAUUAAUGAGAAAACGUUAGAAGAAAAAAUCGAAGUGAUGGAGAAGACGAUGCAGGAGUGUAAUGUGAUUAUACAAGGCAAAGAUAAGUGGAUGGAUAAUGAGAAAUUGAGUAUGAAGGACGUAGAAAUACAAAUAUUAGUAUUGAUGUUUAAUAAAGAAGAGCAAAUUAAAGUUAUAAAUCCAUUGAAAAUGAAACUUGAUGAUUUGAAAGCAUUCGAAGAAUCGAUGUUGUAUUAUGCAUAUGAAAUUGCCAAUUCGAUGAAACUUAUGCACUUAGAAUGUGGUAUGCUAAAACGAAAGAUAAAAUCUAAAAAAAAAGAAAUAAAAAAAAUUGUCGGAGCGAUCAGUAUACGGGAAGCGUUUAUUAAAACCAUUCAAUUUGAAGCAUACUAUAUUCACAAGGACAUGGAUGAUGAAAUCAAAUUAAGAGAUUCCAUUAGAAGUUUACAUCUUAUAUUUACAAAUAUAAAUUGGUCGGAAGGAAUGAAAUCAAAUAAUUUGUUAAGGCAGAGACAGUUUUUAGAGAGGGCCGUGGCUAACCUAGAACGCCGCAAAACUGCAGCUGCUGAACGACAGAACCCUUUGCAAUUCAAUAUUAUUGAAGAAAACCAAUCUCUAAUAUUAGUUGUAAACAAGUUGAGAAAAGAAGCAAAGACGAACCAGUCCAAGUACAAAGAAUUACAGUGCAUAAAGGGGAAAACCCAUCGAUCAGUAUUUGUCGAAAAUGUCAAAGAGGAAGAUGAUUCAUUAACAGAUAUAUGA